ACGACCACAUUCACCGGACACACUGGGGACGUCAUGAGCCUGUCUCUGGCCCCUGACACCAGGCUCUUUGUCUCUGGUGCUUGUGACGCCUCAGCCAAGCUCUGGGACGUCCGAGAAGGCAUGUGCCGGCAGACCUUCACGGGCCACGAGUCCGACAUCAACGCCAUCUGUUUCUUUCCAAACGGCAACGCGUUUGCCACCGGCUCAGACGACGCCACCUGCAGGCUGUUUGACCUCCGCGCAGACCAGGAGCUCAUGACCUACUCCCACGACAACAUCAUCUGUGGGAUCACCUCGGUCUCCUUCUCCAAGAGCGGGCGGCUCCUCCUCGCCGGGUACGACGACUUCAACUGCAACGUCUGGGACGCGCUCAAGGCUGACCGGGCAGGUGUCCUGGCUGGUCAUGACAACCGCGUCAGCUGCCUGGGAGUGACGGAUGAUGGCAUGGCCGUGGCCACGGGGUCCUGGGACAGCUUCCUCAAGAUCUGGAACUAAGGCCGCAGGCAGCCCCGUGGUGACUGGAAGAGCAUUCCGACCUUGAAGCGUCCCAGUGAUAGCGCGUCCCGUCCAGCCACUCACGUGGACACCCGCACCCUCAGCACUUCAAAGGGCAAAGACCUUCUCCUUCACCUACGCUGAAACCAAGAGCACAAUCCCACUCCGAGAAGGACGUGUGCCGUCAGCCGCGAGCCGUGCAUUCCUCCCGGGGCCAUCGUCUCUGUUUUCUUUUUUGUCUUGAAUGAAUUUUAAAAGGAAAUACUAUAAUAAAACGUUACCCUGAAGGUAAAUGAGUGUACUUGUGAGACAGACACAGCUUUCGUUAGUUUUCCUGAGUUUUAGACCAGUGACCCUGUCCGUGACGUCCCUGAAAACGCGCCCAGGACCCCGCCGAGCUGGGCCCCGGUCUGCAGCUGUGAGCGGGGUCGCGGGCGCCCGCGUGGCUCCCUCGGGACGCGUCCCCGAGCCCCCGGUUUUCUGUUGCUUGUCUGGUGUCACCGCCCGUUGUCGCACACGAAACGCUGAGCAGUGAAGCGCGCAGGCACACGCCCGGCCUCCCCGCCCGCCGCCGCGUCGGGCGCGUGUGUCCGCGAGACGCCUGUCAGGUGCUUGGAUAGUCAGUCGCUUACUCGUGUAUGAAACAAUGUACAAAUCAAUGUUUUGAAAAUAAUGAUCUCAGACUUUCUAAGUUAAAUUUUAAAAAAUUGAUUGUUUGCCAUAUUGGGUGGGUUUCUCCUUAGAAUCGCAUGCUGUAGAAAUGCUCAGAAGUGCAUAUAGGACUAAGUCCUUAGAUGUUCUUUUUCUUUAAGAAAUACCCUCUAAAGUUGUGCCCACGGCCGCCCUGCCCUCACCGUCGCCCUGUGCACACGGGAGCAGCACAGUCGCAGCUCUGCACGCUUGGCUCGCGGGAAGGCCCUGUCGUCCCUUUCUUAACAGAAAACAAAGGGGUUCUGUCGCAGGCGGUUGCUGCUGGAUUCCGAGGGAGGGAGGAGGGUGGGCCUGCGGUCCCCGUCCCGGUGGGUCCCCACGCCUGCCUCCCAGGCGUGCCGCCGGGCCGUCACGCAGAGCCUCCCGCUCCCACGCGCGUCCACAGUGCUCUGGGCCCCCCGCCCCCACAGCAGCAGUGGCUUCUCCCUCCUGUGUUGCGCGACCUGCUGUACAAGGCUCUGCCGUGCUGCCGUAGGCCUGGACCUGGCAACGAGAUACAACGAGCCCUCCCUCCCCCACCCUCUGCCCUCUGCCCUUUUGUAUGUAAGUCCGUGUACUGCAAGGAAGCCGGAUGCCAGGUAGAUCUGUUAGACUGUGCUGUUAUUUAACGUAAUAAAGCAGUUUGACACGA